AUGCAGAGAAAACCUUUUGAUCCAGGAUUUCAAUCUAAUGAUGAGAAAAAAAAUCUCGGUGACGGGCAAAUUUCAACCAAUCAAUCGGCACUCACGCCAGAGACUAAAACAUCGCCGGUUAUUGGUAUUGGCCUGGAUUCUUGUGUUCUUCCAUUGCGCCAUGGAGGACUUUUUCUUGUCCAAUCAACUGAUUUCUUCUAUCCACUUAUUGACGAUCCAUAUGUGAUGGGAAAAAUUGCGUGCGCAAAUGUCUUAAGUGAUAUUUAUGCUAUGGGUGCUAUUGAAGUAGAUAAUAUGUUAAUGUUAUUAAGUACAAGUAAUAAAAUGAGUGAAAAAGAACGUGAUACUAUUAUGCCAUUGAUCCUUGAAGGAUUCAAAGAUUGUGCUGAAGAAGCAGGUACAUCUGUUCAAGGUGGUCAAACUGUUGUUAAUCCAUGGUUAAUAGUUGGUGGUGUUGCUACAUCUAUUUGUAUUCCAAGUGAAAUAAUCAUUCCAGAACAUGCUGUUGUCGGUGAUGUUUUAGUAUUGACAAAACCAUUAGGCACUCAAGUUGCUGUCAAUGCUUAUCAAUGGAUUGAAAAUCCAGAUCGAUGGAAUCGGAUUAAAUCGGUAGUUACUGAAGAUGAAGUACGAAAAGGUUAUAAACGUGCUAUGAGUUGUAUGGCUAGAUUAAAUAGAACUGGUGGAAAACUUAUGCAUAAAUAUAAUGCUCAUGCAUGUACGGAUGUAACUGGUUUUGGUCUAUUAGGUCAUGCAGAGAAUUUAGCAAAAUAUCAAAAAAAUGAGGUUUCAUUUGUCAUACACAAUUUACCUAUUAUUGCUAAAAUGGCUACAAUAACAAAAGCUUGUAAUGAUAUGUUUAGUUUAUUACAAGGUAAAAGUGCAGAAACAUCAGGUGGUUUACUUGUGGUUUUACCACAUGAACAAGCUGCUGCUUUUUGUAAAGAUAUUGAAGCACAAGAAGGUUAUCGAGCAUGGAUUAUUGGUGUCGUAGAAAAAGGUGAUCGAACGGCGAAAAUAGUUGAUAAACCAAGAAUUAUUGAAGUUCCAGAAAAAGAUACCGAAGGAGAAUUAUGGUAA